CUCAGCUCUCAUUUCAGCCCAGACACUAAGCAGACAGGAUCUCUUUGCAGCUCUGAUAUAAUGACAUUUUAAAGAGGUAAAAUUCCAUUAAAGCCACGUUUUUUUUCUGGGCCAAUAUACAUUUAAAAGAAAGGCAAAUAUAUUACUGAGAGAUGAGCAAGACACGAGACGUCUCCUUUAAGGGUCUGUCUUUUGAGCAUUGCCGCUUUAAGACGUUGUGCACAUGUGCAGAAGUAAGCUGACGUGUUGUAAAGGAAAAUAAAGUGGCUUCCGGGUUCAGUUGAAUAAGUGAGCUGCAGGUGACCCAGGGUCAAUGUCUCACGACAACCACAUUGCAUAUUCAAUCACCGUAUGGAAUAAGCACAACAUGCUGAUACAGGUUAUAUUUUGAGAGUAACAUUCCAGUUUGGGAAACUGUGCAGCUGUGUUCACAUCAAGCAGUUCGUGUGAAAACUGGAUCCUGGUUCUACUUAUGCUCCUUUGCAAGUUCUUACCAUGGAUUUAUACUGUUCUUUUAUACGAAUUUCCAACCAUGUGAAAAUGUCCACCUUCGUUUUAUUAACAUUGUGUUUCUAUGUUGCCUUGAGCGACCGGAGUCCAGAAUAUGCUUUAACUAAAGUUACUGAAGCUGAAGAUUAUGGUAAUGUAGAAGCAAUAGUAGAAAAUGAACAGGAUCCAGAGGAUCAGGAAAUAUUUUACCCUACAAGGGAAUGGCAAGUUGUAAAGCCUGGCCAGGCAGUUCCUGCAGGACUUCACAUGAGACUGAAUCUUCAGACAGGAAAGAAUGAAGCUAAACUUCUAGAAGAGCAAGAGGGCAAGGAUAGGCCAAAACAGACACGCAAAAGUUCAACCAUCUCUGACAAAUACACAAAAAAAGAGCUAAAAGAAGCUCUAACUAAAUUCAAAGAAGGAGCUGAACAACUCAGUCCAGCAGAAGAAAAAGAUUACCUGCAAGAUAUCAAGCAAAGAUUUCGGCCUAUAGAGGACUUGCAAAAAGCAUUCAAUGAUCUUAAUAUCAACGUGGAGACAGAUUUUGAAAUCAUGACAAAAAUAGUCAACAGAUUUAACAGCUCAUCCUCUACAACUGAAAAAGUAAGUGCCUUGUAUGAUCUAGAAUAUUAUGUCCAUCAGGUGGACAAUGCUCAGAACCUUCUAAAAUUAGGAGCCCUUCAACUGCUUAUCAACAGUCUGAACAGCACAGACACAUUGCUAAUUGAAAAUUCAGCAUUCGUCAUUGGCUCAGCACUGAGUAGUAACCCUAAAGUUCAAAUUGAAGCAUUUGAGGCAGGUGCAUUACAAAAACUGUUAGUCAUUUUAGCAGCAGAUCAAGAGGUUUCAGUAAAAAAGAAAACUCUGUAUGCGUUAUCAUCUAUGCUGCGUCAGUUCCCAUAUGCUCAGCAGCGCUUCAUGAAGCUGGGCGGUCUUCAGAUACUGAAAAACUUCUUUAAAGAAAAGAAUGCAGAAUCUCUGUAUAUCCGGGUGAUCACUUUACUCUAUGAUAUGAUUAUGGAAAAGAUGCUGCUUUACAAGGAAAAUAAUACUGAGCAGUAUGAACAGAAAUAUCAACAGUACAACCAGAUCAAUCUUCUGGAAUCAAUCACUGAACAAGGAUGGUGUCCAAUUAUUUCCGACCUUCUCAGGUUGCCAGAAAACGACUCACGAGAAAAAGUUUUGAAAGCUGUAUUGACAUUAAUACCCCUCUGCAGGGCAGAGUUCUUGAAGGAUGGCAAUCUCCUUACUCUCUUGAAUUCUCUCCGGAAAGAAUAUGAAGGUUUGGCUGCAGAAGAACUCCGUUCUGGAGAACAAGAUGGUUACUUUAGUGAACUUUUAAGCUUAACGAUUUCUAUUACUGAUAAAUUAAAAUGAAACUAUAACUGCUAAUAAAGGAGUACGUGUCAUA